UCCAGCCUAUUGUUUCAGGCCACACAUAUAAGAAGUUGCUGCGAUGGGAGAGGAACGUCGGGUUUGGUGCCUGUCCCCCAUUUCCAAUUAUAGAUGGAUCAUUACAGACGGAGAAGUCCUGAGAAUCCAGACAUCUGCUCUUCACAUGAAUGCACUCACCUCCUAGAGAGCAGUCCGCCAUCAUGCUCUGGAAACUGGUUGAAAAUGUCAAGUACGAAGAUAUCUACGAGGACCGUCACGACGGCGUCCCGAGCCACAGCUCGCGCCUCUCCCAGCUGGGCUCGGUCUCGCAGGGCCCCUACUCCAGCGCCCCUCCGCUCUCGCACACGCCUUCCUCGGACUUCCAGCCGCCCUACUUCCCGCCGCCCUACCAGCCCCUGCCCUACCACCAGAGCCAGGACCCCUAUGCCCACGUCAACGACCCCUACGCCCUGAAUCCGCUCCACCAGCCCCAGCAGCAUCCCUGGGGCCAGCGGCAGAGGCAGGAGGUGGGCGCCGAGGCCGGGUCCCUCCUGCCCCAGCCCCGGGCCUCCCUACCCCAGCUCUCCGGCCUCGACCCCCGGCGGGACUACCACGCCGCCGUCCGCCGCCCCGACGUCCUCCUCCACUCCGCUCACCACGGCCUCGACGCCGCCGGCAUGGGCGACGCCCUCUCCCUCCACGGCAUCGCCCACCCGGGCAUGGAGGACGUUCAGUCGGUCGUAGAAGAUGCCAAUAACAGCGGCAUGAACUUGUUGGACACAUCUGUCAUCAAAAAAGUUCCAGUUCCUCCAAAAUCUGUUACUUCCUUGAUGAUGAACAAAGAUGGAUUCCUCGGCGGCAUGUCCGUGAACACAGGCGAAGUGUUUUGUUCGGUACCUGGGCGGCUGUCUUUGCUCAGUUCAACUUCCAAGUACAAAGUAACAGUUGGAGAAGUUCAGAGGCGCCUUUCGCCUCCAGAAUGUUUGAAUGCAUCACUCCUUGGAGGAGUACUUAGAAGAGCCAAAUCGAAAAACGGGGGCAGAUCGUUGCGAGAGAGACUAGAAAAAAUUGGUUUGAAUUUACCAGCCGGCAGGCGCAAAGCAGCAAAUGUCACUUUACUCACCUCCCCUGUUGAGGGAGAAGCUGUACAUUUAGCCCGGGAUUUUGGAUACAUCUGUGAGACUGAGUUUCCUGCCAAAGCUGUUUCUGAGUACCUGAACAGACAGCAUACGGACCCCACUGAUCUCCACUCCAGGAAAAAUAUGCUACUUGCCACAAAGCAACUUUGUAAAGAAUUUACUGAUCUCUUGGCCCAGGACAGGACACCCAUUGGCAAUAGCAGGCCUAGCCACAUUUUGGAACCAGGGAUCCAGAGCUGCUUGACUCACUUCAGCCUCAUCACCCAUGGCUUUGGGUCCCCAGCCAUAUGCGCUGCCCUGACUGCUCUCCAGAACUAUCUGACGGAAGCUCUGAAAGGCAUGGACAAGAUGUUCUUGAACAACAACUCUGCUAACAGGCACACUUCUGGAGAAGGACCAGGUAGUAAAACUGGAGACAAGGAAGAGAAGCACAGAAAAUGAAACAAAAUGAAGCUAAUGAAAUUAGGGGAAAAAAUUAAAAGGAAAAAAAAAAGCAGAGAGAAAGAGAGAGAGAAACAUUUUUAGAAACAUUUUAAUUUUAGCUUUAAAAUAUUGGAUUGGGCUUUGGAAGAAUUAUACUAGGUAGGUUACACCCAAAAUAUUUUUUUUUAAGGAACUAAAGGUGAGAGGCGCACAAUGGAGCAGAAACAGUGGCUUGGUGGCUUUUACAGAGGAACUUUUCAAGACAACUUCCAGGAAUUUCCACUUCUAUCCUUCUACAAUCUUUUUUAUGGGGAGGGGAUGGGGAAAUGAAAAUAAUAAUAAUAAUAAUAAUAAUAAUAGAUGUAAAAGCAAUCAAUAACUUAUUGGAAGAAUCAUUUUGAUAAUGUUGAUAUGUUGACUGAAUCCAUAGUCGGUUUCUGUAUUACUGUGUUGUUGUUUGGUUUUUGGUUUUUUUUUAAGUGUCUCUAUCUAAAGUAGAAAAAGCAAAAACCUUCUAAGGGAUGGAUUUAUUUUACAUUGGGGUGGUCAGAGCAAACUUUCAUGCUUUAAAUUCUGCCCAACCGUAGCUCCUUAUUUUGUGUGACAUCUUGCCAUUGCCUCUCUGUGUUAUCAGAAUAGUUAGGCUUUACUAAUAGUCUAUGGCCUACAGACUUGUUAAGAGUGAGGGGAAAGGGGAGAAACAGACUUAUUCUCUGGUUUUGUCUAGAUUAGGAGCUGUUAGGAAGGAAAACAAGCUACUACACAUACAGUUAACAAGCUCAGGCUCCAAAGAAGUAAAACUAUACCUACUUUGAACCCUCAGUGUGAGAUAUUUGUCUAAACUGACAGUUCACUACAAACUAGACAUUUAGCAUAUCUAAUCACAAAAUUCUGAGACUGCAACUUGCAAUUGUCACUGACAGUAAGAGCUUUUAUGAGAUCCAGGGAAAUAUUGGGAUGGACAUAAUAUAAUGGAAUAUUGGCUUGUACACAGUCAUGCCUAAAAUAGACAUACUGAAAUGAGCUGAACUUAAAUCAGAUGGCUAACUUAAUUCCCAUUGAGUUCAAGCAUAUGCUCUAAACACUACUACUGUACAUCUGGAUCAACAGGAUUGAUAAUAAGGCUGUUGUCUAACAUAUGAGCCCUUAACCUGCGGUACAAUGUCUGUCUUUUUCAUAUAUUUGAAAAAUGUUAGACUGGUAAACAAUAACUAUGAAAAUUAAGGGGAGGAGAAUCUCCUGCUUGUGGGUAGUUCUUUUAAAAAUGACUUUUAAAAUUUAGGCAUGUUACAGACUGCCAAAAUAAAGCUGCUUCGG